AAGCCGCCGUUCCCCGCUACAUGACUUCGAGGCUAGAUUACUGGAUUCCUGCAUGCCCAGUUAGCGAGCUCGAAGCCUUUAGGUCGAAGGCAGAGGAACUCACCGAUGAGGAAUGGGAGGUAUAUGUUUUGGAGCGAAAAGAGAAGAAGCAGGCAUUGGAUGCUCAUGCGAAAUUGUGUACAGAAUGGACCAAACGGCGCGGUGGAUUAUCUUCUCUUCGCCACGAACCGUGAGGUCGAGAUUGGAGGCGAUGGGGUUUGCUAGCGUGUUCAUUGCACUUGUGAUCGAAAGAGGAUUUACGGGGCUGCGAUUGUCCAAGCGCUUGACAAAUAAGGAGUGGGCCGGAAUAAAACGACAUGCCAUUCGGGCGAUCAAAGAGUGUGAGCAGCUCUACAUAGAGUCGUUUUGCGUUCGGGAAGGGGAACGCAUUGUUUCGAGCUAUCGGUCUUGGUACGAAUGCCACGACCCAGGAAAUGAGUUUUGGCCCCCUCCCCCGAAAAUAUGGACCCUCGACGCCAUCAAGGAUUCUCUAAUCGAGAUUUUGAGACCCAAUUUCCAUCAUCUUCAAGGCGUCGACGACUAUCCUGAACCUCCUGAUAUCACAAUUGACACUCUGGCGCCCCGCUUUGAAAACAUUGUCAACAAUCACUCAAUCAGUUCUAGGGCCGAGCUGCUGGGACUAGUCCCUGUGGAGUCCAGACUAUCCUCCGUUCAAGAAACGUUGGAACUAGCUCGAACACUCUUUAUAAGUUCCCGUUUUGAACCCGCCAGAUAUCCCUGCUUUGCUUUUGCCAAUCACUGGCGCUGGGAUGAGCGUGGAUCAGUCAUCAUAAGUGACAUCAUCAUUUUGGCUGGGCACGACCCUAAUGUCAUGACCUUCGCACAACUUUUGGAAGAAAACAUAUGGGUAGAGUGCCUUACUUGCGCUCAAGGCAAUGUGUUGCAAGCUCCAGAAGCUGUGGGGCACUUCCAUAGACACCACCCCCACUUGGAAUGUGUGGAAUGGAGGAUUCUGGAAGGGCAGGAGCUUGAGACCACCAGAGCACCAAAUGCCGAAAAACGCUGGUCAUGUCUGCUCUGCGGAUAUUGGAAGACUUGCACUGAGGACCUCAUACUUGAGCACAUUGCAUCACAACACCCUUUUGCGCGCCCGGACUUACAGUAUUGCUAUAUGAGCGUGCAUGGUGAACUACCGCGAAAACCUAUGGCCCAUGCGACCGGAGUAUCCACGGCCAACUCUUAGUUCCUUUUGUACGACACUUUCUUGCUUUGGAUAUUUGUCCU